GUAAAAUAACCUCACCCUCCGUCAGACUGGCAACCCUGGCAACCCUGCCCGACCAAAACAAACCUUUGCAGGGGAGGCUGAGGCUGACUGGAGGAGAAGUCUUGUUGUCACUCUUGUAUACCAAAAACUCCAGCACACGCAGGUCUAGGAAUGGCUGGUUGGACUGGGAAGCGAGUGAAUGUAUCGUUCUCAAAGCCAGAUGAGCCAUCAUUCCUGAAGAAGUUCAAGGAACGAGUGGGUUACAAAGAAGACCAUGGCUUGUCAGAGAAGUUUGCAGAGAUGCCAAAGGCAACAGAUGAGGAUGUUGCUGACACAGAAGAGGAAUUACCCCAGAUAGUGAGUCUCCGGUCAGGGGAUUUGACGCAAGAGGAAAUCGACCAAUUACGUUCAGAAGGGAGGCUGGAUGACCUUCUGAAAAAGAACUCUGAGGAGGAAGGUGAAGUUCAGGGACCCAAAAAUAGGGAUGAAGUUUCAGAACCAGAGGUACCGGCAGAUGGAAGAAUUCUCUUUCGCAAGCCAAAUAAACGAAGCAGUGAUGGUCCACAGGGGAAAGAUGGGAAAAAGCUGAAGGAUGGUAAGAGUGAAGAGUCGUCUGAAAACAAGUCAAAGAAGGUGAAAAAGAAAGCUCAUCAAGAUAAAAAGCUUCUGUCAUUUGAUGAAGAUGAAGAAGAAGAAGAGUGCUGAAAGUAUGUAGAAGCACUGAAUGUAGAAAUAUAGUUGCAAUUAGGAUCAAGGAUUUAGUGGGAUUAAUAUGUUUCAUAACUCCCACACAAUAUCAUCUGACAGCUCAUGGGUAGGCCCAAUACCCAUACAAAAUUAUCUAAUUUCCCAUGUCACAUUACAUUUUCUUUCCCAUAACUUCUAAUGGGAGGUCCAUGGGUGACCUAACUUUUCUUUUAGGGCUGCCUCCCAUAGCUGACACAGCCUGAAAUGUUUCAGCUGGAGAAAAGUGUAGUAAAUUACAUGGGUACCAUAAUAAUGGAUUCAGCUGAAGUAACACUGCCUGUUGAAAAUACAGUAGUGUUGAUAUUGCUAAGAAGUGUAUGAACUGAGAGAAAUAGAGGCUCCUCUACUGUGGUCACCUACUCGGAGAGAAUUUCUAAAGCAGUCAAAACAUCAGAGCUGUAGAUAAGAGAAAUUUUAAAGAAGCUUAUUGUUCAUAGUACCUAAGAGAGAAAAUAAAUAUCUUUUUAUUGAUAAAAGUUUUUAUAA